AUAAAUGAGACACAAACUGUAGAAUUGAUAAGAAAUGAACAAUGAGCAGUUUCUGGAUUUUACUUUUCAUCUUCAGCACCAUGUACACAGUCCAUGCUGGUAGACACUGGGUUACUGCACAAUCUGUCAAAAAGCCACCAGUUUAUCAGCCUGAUAAAGAGCUCAGUGUGAAUAUCGGAGUCUCGGCGACUCUACGGUGUUGUUAUGAUUCUCAGAAUGUGAUUGGACAAAUAGACUUGUUUAAACAACCAAAGAAUAAAAAACCUCAGAUUGUAGUCACAGUGUAUAAAAGCAAUAUGGAAACUUUUCACACUGGAUUCCAAAAGUCUUGUUUUGAAAUAGAAAGAUCUUCAAACUGCUUCAGUAUUAUAAUUUUAAACACCACUCAGUCUGAUGAAGCCAUGUACUACUGUGCAGUGAGGAGACCCAACAUUGUGUUUGGAGAUGGAACUUAUUUACAAAUUAAAGGUGAUCAUGUUACUAUUGCAUCAGAAACAUCUAAAGCAGCUCUGUGUGAUCAUUCAGUGGUGUGUGAACCAACACUGCAUGGAAACAACACUAACACCAACACACAACACAACACAGGUGAGAUGUCAGUGUUUUGUACUAAUCUAAAUAUAGUGUGGUGAAAUAACAGAAUCAGAAAUGAUCAGAUCUCUACAUCGGACAGUGAUCGGUUUGGGAUCGGCUUUGGGUUUGUGCGCACUUCUGAUUUUCUGUCUCACUUAUUACAUACUGAGGAGAAGAAAAGGUGAUAAAAGUAAGUGUUUUUGUCAUCAGAUAAUAAUCAGUUCAGUUCUGUAAAAAUGACUAACAGUUUUCUUUUUCUUAAUAGUGAAUUCUCCAGAAAGGAGGAAGGUAAGUUUUAGAUUAUAGUCAUGAAUCUACAUCCUUUUACUGUAUUUGCUUCUACAUUCAUGUACUGCUACUUAUAAUUUAUAUGUAAUAUAAUCUCACUUUAAUAUGAUCUGUUGCUCUGUACAAUUUAAGACAUUUUUUAUAAAUGAAUUUAUUUUUUUUUUUUUUUAGGAUUCACAUUUUGACCCUUUGACUUAUGCAGCAUUGCAGAGAAGUGAAUUUUACUUGUCAGACAAUUUGGUGUACUCCAAAGUGAUGUAUAUGAAACUGUAAUAUAUUAAAUAACUGAUAAUAAUAAUAAUAAUAAUAAUAAUAAUAAUAAUAAUAAUAAUAAUAAGAAGAAGAAGAAGAAGAAGAAGAAGAAGAUAAUAAGAAGAGG